AUGUUAUAUCUCGCUGGACAAAUUGGAAUAGAUCCAAAAACUAGUCAUAUGAUAUCAGAUGAUAUUCAUAAUCAGACAUAUCAAGUGUUAAGAAACUUAGAAGCAGUCUUAAAUGCUACUGGAUCUUCAGUUGAUCAAUUAGCUCAUUGUCUUAUUAUGUUAACAAAUAUUGAAGACGAUUAUGAAAUAGUUAAUCAAAUUUAUUCACAAUGGUUUAAAUCACCUGAAUUUUAUCCUGCACGAUCAUCAAUAGGUGUUGUUAAAUUACCAUUUGAUGCUAAAGUUGCUAUUGAAUGUCAAGCUUAUACAACAAAAGAAAUCUAA